UCGCAAAAGAAACAAAACGGGAAAACAUCCCCCAGUUUUUGGCUGAUUGCUGUGCUGAGCUGCUCGUUUAUAAAACUCAUCCUCCUGUCAACUCUCUCCAGCCUGGGCAUCACUGGAACGGUUCUGCGCUGGGUGGAAUCCUAUCUCUCUGACAGUCACUUCAAGGUGUCAUGGAGGGGAGGUAUUUCUGAAACUCAGCAACUCACAUCUGGCGUUCCACAGGGGUCAGUUCUGGGUCCACUCCUCUUUUCUAUCUACACUACAGCUCUAGGGCAGGUGAUUGAGUCUCAUGGCUUCUCAUAUUAUUGCUAUGCUGAUGACACCCAGCUCUAUUUGUCCUUCCAGCCUGACGAUCCAUCCGUCUCUGCACACAUCUCUGCUUGCCUGUCGGACAUCUCGGUCUUGAUGAGGAAACACCAUCUUAAGCUUAACCUGGCAAAAUCUGAGCUUCUCGUCAUCCCAGCCUGUCCCUCAAUCAACCACAACCUUACUGUACAGCUCGGCUCAACCACACUCAAGCCAACCAGGACGGCCAAGAACCUUGGGGUGAUUCUUGAUGACAGCUUGACAUUUACAGACCACAUCUCAACAACUGCACGAUCCUGUAAGUUCAUCCUGUACAACAUCAAGAAAAUCAGACCCUACCUCACUGAACAGGCUACACAGAUACUAGUCCAGGCUCUUGUUAUCUCUAAACUGGACUACUGCAACUCACUACUUUCGGGCCUCCCAGCCAGCUCCAUCAAACCCCUUCAGAUAACUCAGAAUGCUGCAGCGUGCCUUGUCUUCAACCAGCCCAAGAGAACCCAUGUCACACCCCUCUUCAUCUCCCUCCACUGGCUUCCUGUAGCCGCCCGCAUCAAAUUCAAGGCCUUGAUGCUCACCUACAAGACCUUGUCUGGUACAGCACCCUCCUACCUCAACUCUCUCCUGAAGGCUUACGUUCCCUCACGCAAUUUGCGAUCGAUCAGCGAUUUACUAGUUCCCACUCAGCGUGGCUCAAGGUCCCUUUCCAGAACCUUCACACUAACUGUUCCUCAUUGGUGGAAUGAACUUCCAACCUCAAUCCGGACCGCAGAAUCUCUCACCAUCUUCAAAAAACAGCUAAAGACACACCUCUUCCGUGAACACCUAACCAACUCAUAAAAAAAUUAAUAAAUAAAUAAAAAUUUGCACUUACACUUCUACUCUGUGCACUUUGCUUCUUCUGGAACUCAAUUAAUGGAUCUUUUAUGGUAGCACUACUUGUAUUGUUCUCUGCUUGAUAUAUCGCUUUGCUUGUAUUUUUCUCAU